AUGAACAUCAAUACUCCAAUGUCACCGAGUGAAGAAGAGAUUCAAGUGGACAACCCGGUAGAAGAGGAGGAAGAGGAUGAUAAUCAACUUCAUGGUGAGUUAUUUCACUUUAAGCCUAAAGUCAUCGGAUUUAUUUGCAGAAGACGACGAAAUGGAGGAAGAAUGUGCUGGAUGCCGGGCAAAGGACGAGAUGAUCGUCAGACAGGAGGCCGAGAUAAAUCAGCUCAAGAUGAGAUUGAGCCAACGUGAGUUUGGGCAUAUUUUGACGCGUUAUCUCAGCCAGACUCCCCUUGGACGUCUCGAAACCAGAAUUGUGACUCCUCACAGCCUAUUUUCAAAACGUCUAGUUUCAAGACAAGUUCCCCAUGGUUUCAGAAGUCACCCGACCGCCUCCACCACGUCUCGACGCUCGCGGCCUUCCGCCAAACUUUCCAUACUUCCCGCCACGUUUCCACGAUCGUUUCUUCGGAAAUCAAAGCGAUCAAGGUCGCCGCGAAGGUUAGUUUUACUCAAUUUUAAAAGAAAACUUCAUGCAGAGUGUCUUACAGAAAGUUCGUCGGCUCAACACGCACCAGUGCCGCAUCGCCCUUGUAAGAUAAAAAGUGUCAAUGAUUUUUGAUUGGUACUACUACAUUUCAGUGAUCGAACAAGCACUGGAGGUCUUCCCCUACUUUCCAUUGCUUCACGCGAGCCUCGUGCAGCAGUUCUACGCUAGACAAGGUUGCUCAAGACUACAUAUCUCAGCUGGCUGUCGAGAUAACAAAAUGUUGUCAACUAACAAAAUGUUUGCAAUGUUUUGAUGAGUAUUUUGUCAGUUGACAGCAUGUUUCUAUCUCUAAAGACAGCUGAGAUACGUUGUCUUGAAUGCAAAUCAAAUCCUCUCAGUUCAAAUCCCCAAAAUUCCAGAAGCUGCGGCUGCUCCCCCGGCCCAGCAGGCUCGAAACGAUCCUCCACGCACUCCGAACCCAUCGCCCGGACCCGCAUCCCCUGCGGCCGACUGCGAGUUCAGCAUUUAAGGUUUCCGUGUGAUUGUGUGUACUGUAACCCGUCCCCACACAUAAAAAUUUCAUUCGUCACCUAUCCAUCUAUUGUGCUGUUAACCUGCCCCCCGAAUGGUACGCGUCCAUGUUUCAUACCUUCACUUUUUUUCCCGCAAAACCACUUUUAAACUCACCGUUGCAGUUUGUGCGUUUAUUGCACCGCUACUACCAUCGUAAAAAUCGUCAGUUUAUAGCGAAAGGUACGGGUUUUUUGUGAGCGAUGGUGCACCUCAAAACGGAACGUUUUAGAGCGGAAAUGGACUACUCGACCCACAACUUUUACAUCCCAACCACUUCGACUCGUCAGACGCCGUGCCCAAUGGAACCGCAGUGUAGGCGCUGAGCGCAUCGCAUCGUACACACACUUUUACAGUCAAAGUGCCAACACUUCCCUCGUUGUUGCCCGCAGGAUUUCAGUUCGGCGAAUGCUUUCAGAACCGAGGAGGCGGACCGAUUAGAAGUGCGUUUUUUCCUGGUUCCCAAAUGUUUGAAAGUUUAUUUUUUUACCAACUUUUAGGCCUGAAACGUAUAAAUUCAGAGUUACGUUGGUGUUAUAGGAGAGCAGUGUGAUUAACAAAAUGCCCAGUAAUGUAAACUUUUUGAAACAGAAGACACUAUCGUCCGGCACCCGCCUCCGCCUCCACCUCAAAUCGAACCGGAAGCAAGACAAGGUACCGUUUUUCGGGAAAACGACAAUACUCGUUUGAUUUGCAGAUCCAUCGCCGCCGAGCACGGACGACCUGAAAGCGGUGACGUUCGAAGAGCUCAGUGAGUUUUGUCACUCGCGAAAUUUUUGUACUUGAACUGUCUGUUUUGAGAGAUUAUGUACAUGAAAUCAACGAACGACAACGAAGAAUUGAGGGGUGAAAUGGAGAAUUUGAGUGGGAAAGAGAGGAUUGUUGCUCGAACUGAUUCUGGAAUUUUUUCAGAGAGACAGCUUCAAGCGUCGAAGAUUCAGGUGGACAUGUGGCAGAAGAAGAACGGAAGAAAGGACGCGAGGGUUAGUCGAUAUCUCGAAUCGCAUGUUCCACUAACAAAAAACGGUCCCUCACAGAUCCGCCAGCAACUCGGAAUCAUCGCAGACCUCGAGAAGACGCUGAUGGAGAAGGCGCGUGAGAAGUGGGACGUUCUACACGGCCCACAGUUCCAGGCGAUGACCACCACCAACCUGCCGGGACCAUCGUCGAGUUCAUAA